AUGAACAAAAGGCUAAUCUCACUCUCAUUCUCUCUGAGAAGCUCGGUCCAGCUUCACAGGCCUCCUCUCUACCACUCAAUCUCUAUCUUGUUUUACUCUUCCUCCAAACCCAAAAGGUCAAAGUUUAACUCUGUCUCCAAAGACGGAAGGUCAAAAUCAACGCCCAAAGUAGCAGUAGCUGAAUAUUUAAUCAACCAGCACCAGUUUUCCCCAGAAGCUGCUUUGAAAGCCUCAUCAUCCUAUGCUUUUCUUAAAAAUACCGCAGAGACGGAUUCGGUGCUUUCAUUCCUAAAAGAAAGCGGGUUCUCCAAAACCCAGCUAGAGGAAGUGGUUAAAAGGAUCCCGUGGAUCCUUCGUGCCAAUCUUGACACGACCAUCAAACCCAAAAUCAAGAUUUUCCAAGACUCUGGCUUUUCAGACUCCGACAUUGCGGAUGUUAUAUCCUCUGACCCCUGGAUUUUAUGGCAGAGUGCUGAUAAUCGGCUUGGUCCUGCUAUUUUAGCAUUGAAGAACAUUCUGGGCUCCAAUGCUGGUGUGCUUAAGGUUUUAAAGUUAUGUGGUUGGUAUCUCAAAUAUGACUUGGAGAAGACAGUGAUUCCCAAUAUUGAGGUUUUGAAGAGUUUGGGUAUAAGUUCGUCGCAGAUUGUCAAAUACAUUUGUCAUUUUCCCAGAUUUUAUCUGCAUACGCAGGAGAACAUUAUGGAUUUUGUUAGAAGGGUUGAUGAAAUGGGUUUCGAUAGGAAGUCCAAGUUGUUCCUAUCAGCAAUUCGGACCAUUAGUUCGAUGAGUUUGGAGACCUGGGAAAUGAAGGUGAAGCUUUUCCAGAGUUUGGGGUUUUCAGAAAAGGAUGUCUUGGUGGCGUUUAGGAGGGCUCCCCAGGUGUUUUGUAUAUCUGAGAAGAAGAUUAAGGAGGCAACAGAGAUGCUGCUCAGCUCUGGCAAGGCUGAUAUCGCAUUUAUAGUUAGUCACCCAGAGUUGCUUAUUUGUAGCGUUGAUCACAGGCUGAAACCACGACUACAAGUUAUGGAGAACCUAGAAAAGAAAAAUCUACUUAGGAAAAUACCUAGUUUGACCACAAUCUGCAAGUACACUGAUCAGAAGUUUGCUGAAAGAUUUGUUAUUCCUUAUGCAAAUGAACUUGAGGUCUAA